CGACGUCGGCAGCGCGAGGCUUCGCGCGUGAGCGGCGCGGUCGCUGGGCCUGGCUACCGAGCUUUCCUGACGGGCGAGCAGGUCCUCGACACCGGCGCCUGGCGGAGCGCGGGGAGGAGGGAGGUUUUGGUGUCAGCGGUGUAGUUGACGGCAGUCCCGGCCAUGGAAGAGACGCAGCCGCUUCCGCAGUCCGAGCUGCCACUGUGCGACAGCCUCAUCAUCUGGAAAUUCUGAAGUACUUCAUGCAUGACAUCAAUACGUUUGACUAUUAGCUGCAGACAUUCAAUACUGCUGCACCUUGUCAGGAUGUGAAACAGCUGACUAAUGGAGUUGCCAUGGCACAAGUUCUUCAUCAAAUUGAUGUAGCUUGGUUCAAUGAAUCUUGGUUAAGCCGAAUUAAAGAGGAUAUCGGUGACAACUGGCGAAUAAAGGCUAGUAAUUUAAAGAAGGUACUUCAAGGAAUUAUGGGUUAUUACAAUGAGUUUUUGGGACAACAGAUUUCUGAAGAACUUAUCCCUGAUUUAAACCAAAUAACUGAAUGUUCCGAUUCUGUGGAGCUUGGGAGGUUGCUCCAGCUUAUUUUAGGUUGUGCUGUCAACUGUGAAAAGAAGCAAGAACAUAUUCAAAAUAUAAUGACACUGGAAGAGUCUGUUCAACAUGUGGUCAUGACUGCCAUUCAAGAGUUGAUGAGUAAAGAAAUAGUGAGCUCUCCUACAAAUGAUGCUGUUGGAGAAUUAGAGCAACAGCUUAAAAGGGCCCUGGAAGAACUUCAGGAAGCACUAGCAGAAAAAGAAGAACUGAGGCAAAGAUGCCAAGAACUAGAUAUGCAGGUGACAGCACUUCAAGAUGAAAAGAAUUCACUAGUUUCUGAGAAUGAGAUGAUGAAUGAGAAACUUGACCAGUUGGAUGGCUCUUUUGAUGAUCCAAAUACAAUGGUUGCAAAAAAGUAUUUUCAUGCACAGUUGCAACUAGAACAAUUACAGGAAGAAAACUUCAGGCUCGAAGCUGCAAAAGAUGAUUACCGUGUUCACUGUGAAGAACUUGAAAAGCAAUUAAUUGAAUUUCAACAUAGGAAUGAUGAGUUGACUAGUCUUGCUGAGGAAACAAGAGCCCUGAAAGAUGAAAUAGAUGUUCUUAGGGCUACCUCUGAUAAAGCAAAUAAACUGGAGUCAACAGUUGAGAUAUAUCGUCAGAAGCUCCAAGAUCUGAAUGACCUUCGCAAGCAGGUGAAAACUUUACAGGAAACAAACAUGAUGUAUAUGCAUAAUACAGUCAGCCUAGAAGAAGAAUUAAAGAAGGCAAAUGCAGCACGUACACAAUUAGAAACAUACAAGAGACAGGUUCAGGAUCUUCACGUUAAACUUUCCUCUGAAACCAAAAGGGCGGACACACUAGCGUUUGAAAUGAAGCGGCUUGAAGAAAAACACGAAGCUUUACUUAAGGAAAAAGAGAGACUAAUAGAACAGCUUGAUACUCUGAAAGAAACAAAUGAAGAGCUUCGAUGUUCACAAGUACAACAGGAUCACCUAAACCAAACAGAUGCAUCUGCUACAAAAAGCUAUGAGAAUCUUGCUGCUGAGAUUAUGCCAGUGGAAUAUAGGGAGGUGUUUAUUCGACUGCAACAUGAAAAUAAGAUGCUUCGAUUACAGCAGGAAGGUACUGAGAAUGAACGUAUUGAAGAACUUCAGGAACAGCUGGAACAGAAGCACCGCAAGAUGAAUGAAUUGGAAACUGAGCAGAGGCUGAGCAAAGAACAAAUUCGAGAAUUGCAGCAGCAGAUUGAGGACCUCCAGAAGUCUCUGCAAGAACAAGGCUCCAAGUCUGAAGGAGAAAGUUCCAGCAAACUAAAGCAGAAGUUGGAAGCUCAUAUGGAAAAACUAACGGAGGUCCAUGAAGAAUUACAGAAGAAACAAGAGCUCAUUGAAGACCUCCAGCCAGAUGUAAACCAGAAUGUACAAAAGAUCAACGAACUUGAAGCUGCUCUUCAGAAGAAAGAUGAAGAUAUGAAAGCAAUGGAGGAAAGAUACAAAAUGUACUUGGAGAAAGCAAGAAAUGUAAUAAAAACUUUAGACCCCAAAUUAAAUCCAGCAUCAGCUGAAAUAAUGCUACUUAGAAAGCAGUUGGCAGAGAAAGAGAGAAGAAUUGAGAUUCUGGAGAGUGAAUGUAAAGUAGCAAAAUUCCGUGAUUAUGAAGAAAAACUCAUUGUUUCUGCCUGGUAUAAUAAGAGUCUAGCAUUCCAGAAAUUAGGGAUGGAAUCUAGACUCGUGAGCGGCAGUGGUGCUUACAGAGACACGGGGGCUUGUGCUCCUGCCCGGUCUUUCCUAGCACAGCAGCGGCACAUCACCAGCACCAGAAGAAAUCUCUCUGUUAAAGUUCCUGCUACGACAUCUGAUUAAACUGCAAAAGAACACGUAAACAGAAGUGCCCUUAAAAUAUUUUGUAUCUUUCAACUAACUACCAGGUUGGAAAAGAAGUGUAUGAUUCUGGAUAUCAGCUAUUUUAAAAUCAAAAUGCAUAAAAUUAGUCUUGCCAGCUGAUUUUGAAAACAGAAUGUGAAAUUAGCUAUCUGGGGAAGCAUGUGUGAAUAAAUGGAAGAUAUAAUAAGGCAAAAAUCUCAAACAUUUGUCUUUUGAGAGUAUUAUUUCAAAUUGACUUUGUAUAUUUUAGUUUAAUGUUUUCGGUUGGACCAGUAACUAAUUUGCAAUGUGUAAUCGGUAAUAUGUAAUCUAAAAAUACAUCUAUUUUAGUGUUUUGGUAUAAAAAUGGUUGUGAAAAAAAAUAGUUGUGAGGUAGGCACGUGGAGAACUAUAUAAGAGUUAUAUUUUUUGACUUGACCUACACAAGGCGUUACCUCUGUCCUCUAAUUCUGUCGCUGAAUGGGUAUAUUUUAUCAUGUAAUGGAGGAUAUAAUAUUUGGAAGAUUGGACUAUUAAAAUGACUUCUCCAUAGUAGAAGUGACUACUUGGCAAUUGUGCAGAUUUAGAAGAGGUCACAGUUCUCAUAUGUACCUACUAUAAACUAAGGCUUCUGUACAGCAUGGUUGAAAUGUUAAGGGUAUAGAAAUGAACUGACUUUAAGAGAUGACUUUCUGAUGGGAAGCAAGCUAAAAAAUAUACUUCGUGUGAAAUGCCCACACUAUUUUAAUAUAAUUAAUGAAGAUUACAAUUAUUAUUACUUUUAAGCAUAAAAUUAUCAGGGUUUCUGCUAAAAAAAAAGAUGCAUUAGUAGUUUUGCCUCUUCACUGAAAAGAGAUAGAUAGUGAAGUAGAGGAACAAUUUGGAAUCACUUUUUCUUUUUUUUUUUUUUUUUGCGGUAUGCGGGCCUCUCACUGUUGUGGCCUUUCCCAUUGCGGAGCACAGGCUCCGGAAGCGCAGGCUCAUGGGCCCA